AUAGCGGAGGCACUGGAUGUAGUGUGUAUACAUACUUCAAUGGAUUAUAGUCAUUUAGUCGCUAGAGCCUAGCGUCUACGGCAAGACCCAACGGUCCGUCCACUCAUUUCAUCAAUGACUUUAAACAUGAUUCUUUUUUAUUUAUUUAUAACAGGAUAAAGGAGACUUACUCGACUUAAAGGUUCGCUGCUUAUUGUUCAACUGCAGGAAAUGAAGUUGUAAAAAUCGUCAAUGAGAUAAUUAAUCUGUGGUGUGUAUUCUAACUUUACAUGAACAAAAGAUCAUCGUUAUCUUCUAUGAAGUUCUGUUUUGCACUCUAUCACAGAAGAGACCAAUAAAGUCAUGACCUGCGUUCUUUCGAUGAGCGCGGUGUAUAAUAACCCGUGUUGUGGUGGCUUCAGAGGAGGAGGAGGAUCUACAGACGACACAGUUUCUCAAACGGACUUUGAUUAUCAUUGGAUUAACGCAACGUCUUCUGGUUCCCGGCUAGCUACAGACACGGGAACAACCACAUGCUCUUGUCGAUUUGACAAGCAGACCACUCUGAGUCUGACUCCGGCCAAGUUGGAACGUCCAGGCCUGCGGAAAGAAGAACCCACAAAUAAUUGUUGCAAGAAUGAUACACAGGAGAUAGAAAUGAAAGUGGAUGAAAGGAGAACUAUCGGAGUUAAAAGGAAAUUAGAUUCCGACACGGAUGACUUGUUAGACCGUAUACCACCUAAACGUAUAUCGCCUUUUCUCAAUACACCCAAAGAACGCAAGGAAGAAAGGAGAAGAGUGUUGAAAAUAUCUAUUCAAAAAUUAAGACAAAUGGAGGACCCAGAACAUUUUCUACGACGUUCAGUCUUAAUCAAUAACACAUUAAAAAAGGUCCAGAAGGAAAUUCGGGAGGAGAAACAGAAGAGUUACCAGGGAUACAAAAGUUGUAUUUAUCGCAUUCGCCCUCAUUACAGCUACGAUGUGUUGAACAAUAGUUAUUUACAAGCCUCUCCUAAUGGAUAUAUGAGUAUGUUUGAUAGCCAAUAUUCCAACCCAGAGGAAUCGGAAAAAUUCCAAGAUGAAAUUACUGACACUCUUGUGAAGAGUUUGGAGGAGACUUCAACAGUUAAAGACAAUAUUUCCACAAACACUUCUUCGCCUGUCGUCUCGAAGCAGACAGAAUCUCACGGGAUCAACAUGGACGAAAGGACCGAUAUUGACGUUACCAGUGAAAGUCAUAGAGAGAAACAGAUAUGUAGUGAUAUGGACGCUGUGUUUAAUAAUCUGAUACGUGCUUUAGGAGAAACAUAGCAACAUAUUGCCUAGACAGCAAAGUGUACUAGCUGCUAGGCCAGAAGUGAGGAAGUGUGUACUAGAUGGGGUGAAUGUGAAUGACCCAAGCUGUAUUCAACAUGUUGAAUGUGUUACUUUAUUUUAUCACUGGAUGCAAAACGUGAAAACACACAAUAUGCCAUUUAUAUGAAAUCUGGGAUUUAUCUUGUCUUCAGGAUGAGUGCAUAAUCAUGUGUGCAAAGAUAUGUCCGAAAGGAAUAUACAAUACCACGGAUGGUUGGGGUACUUGUCGAUCAUAGUGGAAUUAUAGCCGCGAGUCUUCGGAUUAAUGUGACAAAGCGAACAUGGAUUUUAUAUGAUACGGUAUGAUAGUGACAUUCUUAUAAUAUUUGCGGGAUACAGUGAUAAUUAUAUUUAUUAUGUGUUGCAAUGAAACUACAAAAUGCUAAAUUAUGUGAAACAAUAAUAUUUAUAUAUACAUACGCAUACGAUAUAUUUAUGUCGACGCGUGACCUAAAUUAUCAAAUAUUUGCAGGCAUCUGUUGAAAAUAAUAAAAUCUCGGCAUUUUAAACUUUUGAAAUGCCGCGGUCUUAUUUUCAAAAUAAUUCAAAUGUGAUAUGAAAUUAUUUUUGACAGAAUAAAUUAUUUAAGUUAAUGUUA